AUGGGCUUCCUCUACUCCCAAUUCUUCGUCACCCCAGCAUACCCCACCCACUCCUUCAAAGACCAAACCAUCAUCGUCACCGGGUCCAACGUCGGUCUCGGCCUAGAAGCAGCACGGCACUUUGUCCGGCUCAAUGCCGCAACCGUGAUCCUAGCCGUGCGGAACCGUCCCGCCGGCGAAGCCGCCAAAGCGUCAAUCCAGUCCUCCCAUCCCGACUCCGACACUUCCAUCCAAGUAUGGGACCUAGACCUCGCAUCCUACGCCUCCGUCGUCGCUUUUGCAGAGAGAGUCUCCAAGCUACCGAGACUAGACGUCCUCCUCUGCAACGCAUCCAUCGCAACAGAAACCUUCCAACUAGCAGAGGGCCACGAGCGAAGCAUCACAGUCAAUGUGAACAGCACGAUUCUUCUCGGUCUUCUCGUCCUCCCGACCCUGCGCAAAAGCGCAAAGAAGUACGGGACCAAGCCGCGUCUGACGACAGUCGUCAGCGAAGUGCACGCGUGGACGAAGUUCCCUGAGCGAAACGCGGAGAAUACCUUCCUCGCACUGGACGACCAGGGACACACAAACAUGGGAGAGCGAUACCAGACGUCCAAGCUGCUGCAGGUGCUGGCCCUGCGGGAGAUGGCGGCGCGGAUGCGGGACGACAGCGUCGUGGUGAAUAUGGUUAAUCCUGGGCUGUGCCAUUCGCAGCUGGGCCGUGAGGCGGGGAUCCGGCUUGCGCUGAUGAAGAUGGUGAUGGCCAGGACGACGGAGGUGGGGAGUCGGACGCUGGUUGCGGGUGCGGCGGCGGGCGAGGAGAGUCAUGGGGCGUAUAUGACGGAUGGGAAGGUAGAUAAUAGUGCGUUGUCGGACUUUGUGCGCAGUGAGGAAGGGAAGAAGGUGCAGGAGAAGGUUUGGGGGGAGUUGAGGGAGAUCCUCGAGGAGAUCAGGCCGGGUGUGACGGGCAAUUUGUAA